AUGUCAAAAGAUUCAUUGAACUUCUCGUCGAGUUCAACUAAUCUCGACAUUGAUGCUUAUAAUUGUCCAACGAAAGUCAGCAUUAAAUGUCUACUUAAAAAAAACAAAGAUGCUUUCUCGAUCGUAAUUGCUGAGAUGAUAUUCGUGGGUGAAAUUCUGCCAUUGUCAAGACAUAAAAUUAUGAUGGAAGACUAA